UCGGUGCUGGUAUGCCAAAGUAUUUACCCUAAAGUGACUUUGUCUGCUCAAUAACGUCGGCAAGCGCUACCGAAAAAUCCUCAGACAGGGCCGUAAUCGACUGUCACGCGCCAUGCACGUCUCUACGCGGCAUUCUGCUUCCCACAUGAAUCAGAGCGCCAGUGUCUAGAUUACGUGUCGUGAGAACUUUGCAACCGUUUUGUGAGCUACAUUGCAGCUAUUGGGUAUCCGUGCUACGCGGCGACUUAAUGUACCGCGAAAGAAAGUAGCAGUGCGCAAAUUCACCGGAAAGGGCCUUCAGUCACGUCGUGUUGUUUUUCUUUGUUCCGCAAUGCGAGCGAGCAUUCUGUUCGAGCAACCGUGACCCUUACUUUGAAAGAAACCGUGCCUAAAGUGAAGAAAUCGCGAGUGAAGACGAAAUCCCUGGCAAGAGAGGGAAAAAGACACGAUGUGUGUCGAGGACCAGUGAUAGUCACGUGACCACGUGUGAGGCCAGCGGCGUCACCCGCAUAGUCCGAGGUGCUUACGGACUUCGAGCCGCACACGUUUUCUUGGUGCUCCGGAAAAACGGAUUUGUCAGCAAUGGAGACCUUCGGCAAGCUCGUCAUGGCCUGCGCCUUCGCUGUUGUGGCAGCGGGCGGCCGCUUUGGUGCCCCCCAGGCCCUGCAGAGAGGCGGCUUCCGCGGAGGACCUCUGGUUGCCGCAGCGGCGACACCAGGCUUUGCAGCCGCUGACGGUUCCGGCCCUCCCCAGCCGUAUAGUUUCUCCUACGACAACACCGACGAAUUCGGAACGCAGCUUUUCCACAACGAGCAGGGUGAUCGCAGCAACGCCAAAACCGGUUCCUACGGUUAUCGGGAUGCCAACGGCCUCUUCCGCACCGUGUCGUACGUGGCCGACGAAAACGGCUACCGUGCCACCGUGGACACCAACGAGCCCGGCACCGCCCCUGGGAACACCGCCGACGCCGUCUUCAAUGCCAACCCCGUCGCCAACCCAGUGGCCGCAGCUGCCUCUGCACCUGUCCCUUCAGGCUUCGUGAGGCCCGGCUUCGGUGGGGCUGGCCGCUUUGGAGCAAAGGGCGCAUCGUGGUCUGGCUGACCGCUAUAGUCUUCAUCAGUGAGCCAGUGGCACUUCCAGAACUGCCAGAAUGUGAUUAUUAAUACGAGCACUAGGUGAAGACAAACGACAUUUUGACAUCGUAGAGCCCCAACGCUACUGCCCGCCACGAGUCAUGGUCUUCUUCUGUGAUGCGCCCAAACUGUUCCAGUUGAAGAUAGAAUUGAGAGAGUUUCGCUACAGGAUAAGAGUUAUUGUCUUUCACGCUUGUUGUACAAAUAAUUGUGUUGUGCAGUUACGGAGACUUCAAAGGAGGAAAUAAAAUUGCU